AUGGAAUGGCGCUUUAUAAGAAAAUUUACAGUAAACGGCUGUGGGGCCCUGGGCUCUGAGCUUUUGUCCUGCCCUGGGCUCCAAGCCUCGACUCCGAGCUCCUGCCCAGCUGUGGACACUGAGCGGGAGCUCCGGCUGCGGGCAGACGUCAUUGGGAGCCAGGUAAACGGCUGUGGAGUUGUGGGCUCUGAACUUUGGCCCUGCCCUGGGCUCCAAGCCUCGACUCCGAGCUCCUGCCCAGCCGUGGACUCCGAGCGGGAGCUCCGGCCACGGGCAGACGUCAUUGGGAGCCAGGCUUUAGACCUGGUUUCAGUCACGUCGGACGACACAAGUGCCUCAAACUAUAACACGGACAUCGACUUUAAAGACGAGGAGGACACGGGAGCGGACCGCCUCAUGACGCAGGUGAGCACAGCGCGGAAUACGGACGGACACAUGCUGCGUUUUCGCUUUGUAGACGGGAAUAAAACGUUUGCUCUCUUAUGUUUAUUCUUCCAGUUCCAGUUGGUGGUAGCUCCCGCACCUUCAGCUACCACCGUUCCACCAGACCCGUGUGACAGUCACAUCAUUUUAACUGAUCCUUGGCGCAACGUUGCCUUCGCCUCAACUGGUUACAAGGAUUUCCCAAACAGCGACGCUGGUUUAGUGGGUCAAUGGACCCGCUUUAUGGGAAUUGGAGGCGACCGAAUUAUUACUGCUUGUACAAAUACGGUUAACCAUGGUGGCACUACUUAUCCCAUCUAUGUGCCCUUCGCAUAUCCAAACGUCAACCUAACUACAGUAGCAGGGACGGCUUAUGCAUACUAUUCAACAUGUACUUAUUAUCCUAUUACAAUGGAAGUGAAGUAUUGCCCUACUGGAUUCUUCAUUUACAAGCCUGCAUCACAUCCAACUACAUAUUCGGGCUAUUUAACAUAUCAUCACACGUGCACGGCGAGCUCGUGUGGGCCUCUCGCUCAGUGCUCCACUGGAGGAGGCUGUGUUUGUGUCCCUGGGUACAGAAUGGAUCCAGCUGUUAAACCCACUGCCAGUUCUUAUGGUUGUUUAGACAUCGAUGACUGCACUGAGGACACAACAAUAUGUGGCUCCUAUGCACAGUGUGUGAACGAUCCAGGCACGUUCCACUGUCUCUGUCUGACUGGAUUUCAGGCAACAAAUACGUCAAUGCCACCGGCCAAAACAACCAACCCUUGUAUCGAUAUCGACGAAUGCUUGGAUUCAGCUUGCGGACCGUACGGUGACUGUACCAACACUGUAGGAAGUUUUACAUGUGUUUGCCACGUCGGAUUUCAACUUAUUCCAAGGGGAAAGCCACCAUGUCAAGACAUCGAUGAGUGUUUGGACAAAAAAAUAUGCGGUCAGAACAGCAUUUGCACCAACACAGUCGGAUCCUACAACUGUAAAUGUGAAAUCGGCUACAUACCAACAGACGAAACCCUGCCGCCCGACCAGACCAACGUCUGCAUAGAUAUGGAUGAGUGCGAGAGAUUUUCCACAGUGGUGGAUCCAAUCAAAAAACGUUUGGAGACCAUCUGCGGGCCCAGCUGCAACUGCACCAACACCAUUGGCUCCUAUUACUGCACCUGUUACAAUGGCUAUCGCCUCGGCGACCCAAGCAAGAUCGCCAGCCGCACCAAUCCCUGCCUGGAUAUUGACGAGUGCUUGGAAACACCUGGUAUCUGUGGUGUCCAAACUAUUUGCACAAAUUACCCCGGCACGUUCUACUGUUCCUGUCCAGAGGGGUUCUAUCCUAACACGGGCUUGUACUGGACAGUAGGGAUCACCUUCUGUGAAAAUGUUCAAGUUAUGCUAACCCAGAUAACACCAGCAGCGGGAAAAACUAAAGAGAGUGUCUUCUUUGAUAAAAUUGAGCUACAACUGAAUAACCUCACCGAAAUACCAGCACCGACCAUUGCCAACAGUUUUUCAGCAAGUAUGGAAGUGGCCGGGGUGGGACCACGUGCCAGGAGUAGCCGGGUGAGUAGUUCCGGAAACGGUGAAGUGGGCAGCGUCAUCCUGGACCUUUCCGAUCGCUUGGUGGCCACGUUGGUGCAGGAAGAUUUUAACCAGACCAGUCUUAACGUCAAGAAUUCAGCAUCUCGAAACUUACGGAUACGGGGGAACAACAUGAAAAUGCCACCCCUCGGAGCCAAUGGGAACAGCAUGGAAAUCAACAUGGAUGAACUGGCUGAAAAUAACAACGGUUCCGCUGCGGCUGCUUUCUUCACUCUGAAUGGCAUGGAGAGCCUGCUCAGUCACCAGUACCUGAAAACAGAAAACCGCACCCAGAUGUUCUCAGAUGUGAUCAGUGCUGUACUCCCCACCAUGAACAACACCAACAUCACAGAUCCUGUCAACUUCACCAUCCAGCACAAGACAUCAGCAAGCAGUAAUGAAGCCGGCAUGAUAACCUGUGUGUACUGGAAAGUGGAGAAGGACGAUGCGGGCCUGGUCACCUCCAUGGGCUGGUCUACAGAGGGCUGCACCAUGACCUUCACCAAUGAGAACUACACCGUGUGCAGCUGUACUCAUCUCUCCACGUUCGCCUUGAUUCUACAGAUUGCAGAUCCUCCUCCUCAGAACGACUUCCUGGACUGGCUCAACCGGAUCUGCGUCAUCAUCGGACUCUUCUUCUUCGCUCUGGCCGUUCUCACCUUCCUCUUGUGCAGCUGGAAUCCCAAAAUCAACAACACCGCUCGCCUCCACCUGUGUCUCAAUCUGGGCCUGUCCCAUCUGCUCCUGCUCUGGAACGACCGCUAUCUAGACGAUGAGUUGGCCUGCACGGUUAUGGCCGGCCUCCUCCACUUCCUCGUAGUGGCCAGUUUCGUGUGGAUGCUGCUGGAGGCGACGCAGCUCUUCAUGUUAGUGCGGAAACUAACCAAAGUUCAGGUCAUCAAGAGAGACGGCCUCCCCAAACCCGUGCUGUACAUCGUGGGUUACGGGGUGCCUCUGGUCGUGGUGGGGGUUUCUGCGCUGGUGUAUUCCGACGGAUAUGGGGCGACUGAAGGCGCGUGCUGGUUGUCAAGGACUAGGAACUUCAACUGGGCUCUGACAGGACCUGUGAUUGCUAUACUUGCGCUUAACUGUACAUUGUUCUGUGCUACACUGUGGAGCCUGAGAACCACCUUGGCCAACAUGAAGAGUGGAGCCUCGGAUUCCAAAGAUGCAAGAUUAGUGUUGUUCAAGAUCGUGGCUCAGUUUGUGAUCCUGGGCUGCACCUGGAUCCUGGGUCUGUACCAGUCCAACCUUUUCUUCCAAGUUAUGUUCAUCAUCCUGAACUCUCAGCAGGGGACUUUCCUCUACAUAGUCCAUUGUGUGCUCAAUAAAGAGAUCCGGGAAGAGUACAUCAAAUGGCUGACCUGCUCAUUCAAGAACAAAGAGGUGGACGAUGAGAAAGAUGUGCCGUCUGUGUCCGAAGACAUGGACAAGACCAAAUAAGAAGCAGAAGAAAUAUAAACUCAAUGAAAUCAAACCUGUGAACCCCAAUAUGAUUAGAUAUAAAUGCAUACAUCUCUGUAGUGUCACUGAACGCUGUAACUCCUGUAGUGUUUUUGUAGUGUGACCAUAGUCCUCUGUGUACAUUUGUUUAUAUUUGUUUAUAUUGCUGAAGCUUUACA